AUGAGUUUGAGGCCGGAGAAACCGGUUUGGAUGAGCCAGGAACAGUAUGACAAACAAUACGGUACUUUAGUAGAAGAAAAUGUGGUCAAAAAACCUGCUGUGAAAGGAUUAGAGGAGGAUCAAGUUCAGAACAAUUCAGCUCAAGAUGAAGCCAAUAAAGUUGCAAAACAAGAAACAGAGGAUGGAACGGGGCAAGGGCAGGAUCAGGAACCGGAAAAGCCCGCUUACCGCUUACAAAAACGUAAACGGCAGCGAUACGAUGUUGAUGAGAAACGUAAGAAAAGCCAAUUGCACCGAAUGAGAGAAGAACAGGUUAAAAGACAUGAAAUCGAUAUGACGGCAAACAAAGUUGUUAAUGUCGACCAGAUCAUUCGCGAGCAUUACAACGAACGAACUUUCGUGGCAAGACGAAAGCGUAGAAAUUUGUCCCCAAUCAUCAAGCUGAGGAAUUUUAACAAUGCCAUAAAGUAUAUGUUGAUCGACAAGUUUACCUUCCCAGGAAAUGUCGUUCUGGAAUUGGGCUGUGGAAAAGGUGGGGAUCUCAGAAAGUAUGGUUCUGCUGGGAUCUCCCAAUUUAUCGGGGUCGAUAUCUCAAAUGCAUCCAUUGUCGAAGCUCAAAAACGUUUCUCAUCAAUGGGCAACCUCGAUUUUCAGGUGGUUCUAAUAACCGGCGACUGCUUUGGUGAGUCUCUUGGGACAGCAGUCGCACCGUUCCCAGAGUGCAGAUUUCCUUGCGAUGUGGUUUCGGCCCAGUUUUGCCUGCACUAUGCAUUUGAAUCGGAGGAAAAAGCAAGGCGUACGCUUUUGAAUGUAACAAAAUCCCUUAAGGUCGGUGGAUACUUUUUUGGAACCAUACCAGACUCCGAGUUCAUACGCUAUAAGCUGAAUAAGUUUUCAAAAGAUGUGGAGAAGCCAUCCUGGGGCAAUUCCAUCUACAAAGUGGCCUUCGAAAACAACGAUUAUCAGAAGAACGGCAAUGAGUUUUCUCCGCCAUUUGGUCAAAUGUAUACUUACUGGCUUGAGGAUGCUAUCGACAAUGUCCCGGAGUAUGUGAUCCCCUUCGAGUCGCUAAGAAGUUUGGCAGACGAAUAUGGCCUAGAACUCGAACUUCAAAUGCCCUUCAAUGCCUUUUUUGUUCAAGAAAUUCCAAACUGGCUGAACAAAUUCUCACCACGCAUGCUCGAAGGACUCCAACGCAGUGACGGGAAAUUUGGUGUUGAAGGCGACGAGAAAGAGGCUGCGUCAUAUUUUUACACUGUUUUCGCUUUCAGAAAGGUCAAAUAA